AUGGUUUUCGGGUCAAACGAUGCAUUCAAGGAGUUCAAACUAUACGAAGACUCAAUGGCUUUCAAGCCUGCAAACGACUUUUCUCAAAAAGUAUUGGGAGUGUCACUACCUAUUUUAAUUCCAGUUCCACGAGAUAUUCCGUCAUCGGCUCUACUGUCGAGUUUUGGAUCAUCAACUACCCAUAGCUUGGUGGUAAAAGUCAUUCUUGGAGAUUCUGCAGCAAACGAAUCUUUUGUCGUUGAAACGUUUCCAAUAGUUAUCAAAACUUACGACACACUACCAUUGUAUCGACAAUUUAACGAACCAUUGGUUAGGUCCUCAAAGUCACCCGAUAAUCAAAUCAUUGCAGAGGCGGUGGUUCCGGUAACCGCCGUAGGGCCCAGCGACCUGUUGUGUUUGAAUUGUCGCAUUUUUACAAAUUCGUCGAAUAACAAGUUGAAGAAACAUAUAACUUUGAAACAGAUAACUUUUCAAAUAAAAGAAUACUUGGAAUGCUAUGAUGGUGGGUUGCCACCAGUUACAGAGAAUAAAUUAUUUACCACAACACUGGAGCCAGGAAAGGAGGUUACUACACAGGGUAUUCAAGAGAAUUACUCUAUAAACUUUCCACAAUCUAAUGAUUAUUUGAAGAUACAUAGUUUUGAAGAGCCUUACAUUAUUGAACAAGAGACAAUUAAUGAUUACGAAACAACAAUAAUAGAGUCGGCGAACAUAUCUUCUUUUGUCUUGAAAGAUAAGUUAGGUGAAGGUUUACCUUUGACGCAUUUUCAAAGCUUUACAUCUCUGGGUCAAUUCUACUCGAUCAAGUUUGAACUUAUCUUGAAAUUGAAGUUCUCCAAAGCGAAGGACUUUGAUGUUCGUAUCCCUAUCAUUGUCUGUCCUUAUGACCGAAAAACAAGCGAGCCUCUUCUCAAGUGGAUAAUGCUCGAAUGUGAAGUUGCCAAAGCUCGUUUUGGGAAACAGUUUAUAGACCAAUUUUUUGCAGCGAAAAAUUAUCUGGAGAUAUGCUCUCUCAUGGGCAAGUAUAGACCACCACCAGUAGUUUACCGUUAUUGUAAAGAGGACUGGGAAAAAUUGGGAUAUGACGGUGUCGCAUUCAAUAACCCAAGGUCUCCAAAUUUAGUUCUGUACAUCGAUUAA